AUGGCAGGGCUUAUAAAAUUCAUCCACGGGAAUCAACCCCCGCUACCUGUUCAACCAACUCGAACAGACCGUCUCGCACAUGGUGCGAAAGCAAAGGUGCCUGCCAAAAAGUCGAUAAUCAAUUCGGCCAGUGAGCCAUUCGCAAGUACAAGUCGGAUUCCCGAGUACAGUUCGAGCCCCGCGGCUGGGCAGAAUACGCAUCCCAAUUCUCGAUAUCCCCUUCAACAGCAGCAAGUAACCGACGCCCCGAAACGGACAUUUGAUGAUACAUCUGUGUCUGGACUUGAGGAGACGGAGAGUGAUGUGGGAUUCUAUGAUCAGCAGAUGGACACGGGCGGUGUGAUUGAAUACAACCAGGACGCGCGGAUUGAAGACGAUUACAAUGAGGACGGAGCUGGUAUGGAAGAGGACGAUGCGCGCUAUCCUACACAGCAUAGAAAGCCGUAUACUGCCGAUUAUGAGCCCCAUAAUCGGCCUACGACCCCCAGAGGAAACGCCAUCAGCGGACGGUUUCACCCCAACGCCCAGAAUCAACAACCACAUGCCAACCUGGAACUUCGUCCCAAUCAGAAUGGUAAUAGCACAGCCCAACAACUCAAAGGUUCCAAGAAACGCAAUCGAUCCGAUAUGCAAGGGCAUGAAGUGCCUGGACCUCCACUUUAUAGAAAUGUAGACGCUCUGGGGCCAGACGAAGAACUCGAAGAACUCGAAGAACUCGAAGAACUCGACGAGCUCGAUAAUAGUAUUGGUGCAGAGAAACCGUCGAACCCCCCUGUCCCAAGCCGUCAUCCCGACUUCGAAGAUCAGGAAUUGGAGGGCAUGACUUACAAGGAUCUCAAAGAUCAGACUUGGGAUGUCGAAAAAUAUGACAAUAAUUCACGUCUCCCACAAGAGCUGCGGGAUAGUGCAAUCCCUCUCAGCGAUCGCUUUCAAAGUUGCCUGGAGAUCGAUGAGCCCGAGGCACAGCUUCAGUUCUUUGCGACAAUGCCCAUUGCGGAAUGGGAAGAAGCCGGCGAUCUCUUUAUCGAAAAGUUCGCAGAAAUCAUAACAAAACUGAAGGAGGCUCGACGAGAGAAGCGUAAGAUAGCAACAAAGUUUGAGGAGGAGGUCGAGGCGAGGGAGGCUGCUAUUCGAGCCAAGUCCGCGAGCCUCGAUCAGGACCUCACGGAAAUGAGGAAGGGUGGGGAGGGAGUGCUCAAGGGCAAGAUGGUCUAG